UGCUAUACCGGCACUCCGGCUGCAGGGGGGACACGAGACCGGCCGCGCAUAGAGGGAGGGAUCCAUCAUUACCCCUGCUCUCUCCGCGGCUCGAGCGCACUCCGGGCAGCGCAGUUAGUCUGUCUGUCUGUCUGUGACUCAGAAGGGAGUUGUCCCUGCCCACGCGCAUAAAAACGUCCUACCGAAGCGACACACACCACCCAACAAAGAUCACUCCGGGAGGAACAGAUUUUCAGCGGAUCGGUCCCGAAAUAUUAUAAUCGUUCAGCAUCAGCAUGGUGUACCACCCGGAGUUCGAGAGGGCGGGGCAGCAGCCGGGCCUCCAGGUGUGGAGGAUCGAGAAGAUGGACCUGGUCGCCGUGCCGACCAACCUGUACGGGGGGUUCUACACAGGCGACGCCUACCUCAUCCUCAACACCAUCAAGCAGCGCUCCGGAAACCUGCAGUAUGACCUGCACUUCUGGCUGGGUGAUUUCUGUACGCAGGACGAGAGCGGGGCGGCGGCCAUCUUCACUGUCCAGAUGGACGACUACCUGGGCGGCAAACCCAUCCAGUACCGCGAGGUCCAGGGACACGAGUCCAAAUCCUUCCUGGGCUACUUCAAGUCUGGGAUCAAGUACAUGCAAGGGGGUGUGGCUUCAGGAUUCAAGCACGUGGUCACCAACGAGGUCGUCAUGCAGCGCGUGCUGCAGGUGAAAGGUCGCCGUGUCGUCAGGGCGACGGAGGUGCCGGUCACUUGGGACAGCUUCAAUCAGGGAGACUGCUUCAUCCUGGACCUCGGAAAUGAGAUCUACCAGUGGUGCGGCUCCAAGAGCAACCGCUUCGAGAAGCUGAAAGCCACGCAGGUCGCCAAGGGUAUCCGUGACAACGAGCGCAGCGGACGGGCCCGCGUGUACGUGUGCGAUGAGGGGGUGGAGAGAGAGAAGAUGCUGGAGCUGCUGGGACCAAAGCCCGAUCUGCCCGAGGGGGCAUCCGACGACAUCAAAGCCGAUGCCUCCAACAGGAAGAUGGCUAAACUAUACAAGGUGUCCAACGCCAGUGGAGAGAUGGCCAUCGCCCUGGUGGCAGCGGAGAACCCUUUCUCCCAGAGUGCACUGGAGUCCAGCGACUGCUUCAUCCUGGACCACGGCUCCGAUGGCAAGAUCUUCGUCUGGAAAGGCAAGGAGGCCAACAUGGAGGAGAGGAAGGCGGCGUUGAAGGCGGGCGAGGACUUCAUAAAGAAGAUGGGCUAUCCCAAACACACGCUGGUGCAGGUCCUGCCCGAGAUGGGCGAGACCCCGCUCUUCAAGCAGUUCUUCAAGAACUGGCGGGACAUGGACCAGACGGAGGGCCUGGGCGUGGCCUACGUGUCCAACAGCAUCGCCAAGAUCGAGAAGGUGCCGUUCGACGCCGCCACCCUUCACGACUCGCCCGCCAUGGCCGCCCAGCACGGGAUGGUGGACGACGGGAACGGCAAGAAGCAGAUAUGGCGCAUCGAGGGGGCGGACAAGGUGCCCGUGGACCCCUCCACCUACGGGCAGUUCUACGGCGGCGACAGCUACAUCAUCCUCUACAGCUACCGUCACGGCGGCCGCCAGGGACACGUCAUCUACAUGUGGCAAGGCGCGAACUCGAGCCAGGAUGAGAUCGGGGCGUGUGCGAUUCUGGCUGCUCAGCUGGACGAGGAGCUCGGCGGGGGGCCAGUGCAGGUUGUGGGUAGUCCGAUCACCACACAGGUGAGGGUGGUCCAGGGGAAGGAGCCGGCCCACCUCAUGAGCCUGUUCGGUGGGCAGCCCAUGGUGGUGUACCAGGGCGGAACCUCCAGGGACGGGGGCCAGUCCGCCCCCGCCGAAACGCGCCUCUUCCAGGUGCGCUCCAACUCGACGGGGUGCACGCGGGCCGUGGAGGUUGACGCCGUCGCCUCGAACCUGAACUCCAACGACGCGUUCGUCCUGUUGACGCCCGGAGGCUGCUUCCUGUGGGUGGGGCAGGGGGCCAGCAACACGGAGAAGCAGGGGGCGCAGCAGCUCUGCGGAAUCCUGGGGGUGUCGGCCUCCCCCCUGGGGGAGGGCGGAGAGGCAGAUGAGUUUUGGGAGGCUCUCGGAGGGAAGGCUGAGUACCGUACCUCCAGCAGGCUGAAGGACAGAAUGGAGGCCCACCCGCCCAGGCUGUUUGCCUGCUCCAACAAGACUGGCCGCUUCAUCAUUGAAGAGGUUCCAGGGGAGAUGACCCAGGAGGACCUGGCCACUGAUGAUGUCAUGAUCCUGGACACCUGGGACCAGGUCUUCGUAUGGAUCGGAAACGAGGCUCAGGAGGAGGAGAAGACUGAGGCGAUGACAUCAGCCGUGCGCUACAUCGAGACGGACCCGGCCAAUCGGGACCGCAGGACCCCCAUCGUGAAGAUCAAGCAGAGGUUCGAGCCACCCACCUUCACCGGCUGGUUCCUGGGCUGGGACAACGAGUACUGGAGCAGCGACCCGCUGGAACGCGCCAUGGCCGAGCUGGAGAUGUGAACUCUGACCCCACCCUAAACCCUGGCCCCGCCCCCUGCCACACCCCCCCCCCC